AUGCCAGCAACAAACCUGGGAGGAUCAAGUCAAGUUGUACCCGUGACCACUCAAAGCAUCCCGCUGCAAUGCCCCAAGUUAACAGCUACAAAUUAUACAAGUUGGUCGAUUAUGGUGGAGUCAAUCUUACAAGCAUACGGCUUAUGGGAAGCGGUUAAUCCGGAAACUGGAAAAGCGAUUCAGGCAAAGAAAAAUUUGAUGGCAAGAGCAUUUGUGUUUGAAACUCUACCCGAAGAUAUAUUGCUUCAAGUGGCUAAGCAUAAGGACGCAAAAGAUGUGUGGGAAGCGCUUCGUGUGCGGUAUUUAGGAGCCAAAAGAGUUCAAAAGGCGAGACUGCAAACACUUAGAACCGAGCUAGAGAUGUUGAAGAUGAAAGAGGGUGACACGAUUGAUGAGUUUUCGGGGAAACUUAGUGAAAUUGCAUCCAAAUUCAAGAGUCUUGGGUCUAGCUUGGAGGAUGAGAUAGUGGUAGGAAAACUACUAAAUUCAGUUCCUAAGAAGUUUUUGCAGAUUGUUGCAUCAAUUGAGCAAUACUCCGAGAUAGAGGACAUGUCACUUGAGGAAGCUGUGGGAAGGUUGAAGGCAUAUGAAGAGAGAAUCAAGGUUCUUGAUAAAGAUGAUAAUGAUCAAAAUCAAAACAAACUUUUAUUGUCAAAAGAGGAAUGGGAAGAAAGAACCAAGUAUGGUAACUUCAAUCAAGAUCAAUCUGGACAAGGAAGAGGUCGGUGUCAAGGAAGGGGUCGUGGUAGAGGUCGAGAUGGCCGGUUCCAAAAUGAAGAUCGAAGGGAACAAGGUAUGUAUCGAGACAAGAGACAUAUUAAAUGCUAUAAUUGUCAAGAAUAUGGACAUUAUGCAGCUGAGUGUCCUAAGAAAGAAAUAAAAGAAGAAGAAGCUAAUAUGAUUCAAGAUGAUGAUGAGCCAGCACUACUUUGA